GGCGGCACUUAGUCACCUGCCGCAGCCCGUGCCCCCGCUCGCCCGCGCGGCUCCUCUCGCCGGCUCCGCGCCCGCCCGGCGCCUGAUGGCAGAGGCGCAGCGGCGGCUGUGAGGCCCAGAGCGAGCUCUGCCCAGCGCGGGAUCGGGACCCCGACCCUGCCGAGCGUCCCGUCGCCUGCCAGCCGGCAGAAGCGCCCCGGCAGGUGGCACCAUGGCCUUCUCUCAGGUGCAGUGUCUGGACGACAGCCACGUCAACUGGCGUUCCAGCGAGUCCAAGCCCGAGUUCUUCUACAGCGAGGAGCAGCGGCUGGCGCUGGAGGCCCUGGUGGCGCGCGGCCCCGACGCCUUCUACGAGGUGCUGAAGCGGGAGAACAUCCGAGACUUCCUCUCGGAGCUGGAGCUCAAGCGCAUCCUGGAGACCAUCGAGGUGUACGACCCGGGCUCUGAGGACCCUCGGGACACCAGCCGCCCCCAGGAGCCCGAGGACAAUGGAUUGGGUGAUGGCGAGGAAGUCAGCGGGGCGGGUGGCAUCCCCACUGAGGCUGAGCCGUUGCCCUCGCUGGAGUACUGGCCCCAGAAGUCAGACCGCUCCAUCCCACAGCUGGACCUGGGCUGGCCCGACACCGUCGCCUACCGCGGUGUGACCCGGGCCAGCGUCUACAUGCAGCCCCCUAUCGACGGGCAGGCCCACAUCAAGGAGGUGGUCCGCAAGAUGAUCAGCCAGGCCCAGAAGGUGAUAGCUGUGGUCAUGGACAUGUUCACCGAUGUGGACAUCUUCAAAGACCUGCUGGAUGCUGGCUUCAAGAGGAAAGUGGCAGUGUACAUCAUCGUGGAUGAGAGUAAUGUCAAGUACUUCCUGCACAUGUGUGAGCGGGCCUGCAUGCACCUGGGGCACCUCAAGAACCUCAGGGUGCGGAGCAGCGGGGGCACAGAGUUCUUCACGAGGUCGGCCACCAAGUUCAAGGGCGCGCUGGCCCAGAAGUUCAUGUUCGUGGAUGGAGACAGGGCCAUCUGUGGUUCUUACAGCUUCACGUGGUCAGCCGCGAGGACGGACCGGAAUGUGAUCUCCGUGCUGUCCGGCCAGGUGGUAGAGAUGUUCGACCGGCAGUUCCAGGAGCUGUACCUCAUGUCGCACAGCGUCAGUCUCAAGGGCAUCCCCAUGGAGAAGGAGCCCGAGCCAGAGCCCAUUGUGCUGCCCUCCGUGGUCCCGUUGGUGCCCUCAGGCACCGUGGCCAAGAAGCUUGUCAACCCCAAGUAUGCGCUGGUCAAGGCCAAGAGUGCCGACGAGAUUGCCAAGAGCUCCUCUGAGAAGCAAGAUGUCAAGAGGCCUCCAGGGCCGCAGGGUGCAGCGCUGGCCGAGCGGCCGGGAGACCUCCCCGAGCCGCUCCUGCCCAUCCACCCGGGGCUGCUCAACCUGGAGCGGGCCAACAUGUUCGAGUACCUGCCCACGUGGGUGGAGCCGGACCCAGAGCCUGGCAGUGACAUCCUGGGCUACAUCAAUAUCAUCGACCCCAAUAUCUGGAACCCCCAGCCCAGCCAGAUGAACCGCAUCAAGAUCCGAGACACGUCCCAGGCCAGCGCCCAGUGGAGGCAGAGCCAGGACUGCAGCCCCGCCCCAGCGCCCAGGGCCCCUCAGGACGGGGUCCCAGCUGAGAAUGGCCUCCCCCGGGGGGACCCUGAAUCACGGCCCCCGGUGCCCAAGCCCCGGACAGUCCCUGUAGCAGACCUGCUUGCCCAGGACAGCAGUGGUGUCGGCUGGGCCCUGGAGACCCCUGCAGAGGGGGUGCCUCAGAAUGGGGCAGACCACGGGCUGUCCAGGACGGCCGGCCCGGGCCAUGCCCUGCUCCAGCGGCAGCUGUCCACGCCUCAGGAUGACCCCGAUGGCAGGGGGCCAGCCAUCCCCAAUGGGCUGGAUGGGGAAGAGGAGGAAAAUGACGACGACUAUGUGACCCUCAGUGACCAGGACAGCCUCUCGGGCAGCUCUGGCCUUGGCUCUGGCCCCCGGCGGCUUUCGGUGGCCUCCUCUUCCGUGUCAGACGAGUAUUUUGAGGUGAGGGAGCGCUUGGCCCCUCUCCAGAGGCACCAUUCAGAGCAGGUGGCCAACGGGCCAGCCCAGUCCCCCCGCCGACAGCUGAGUGCCCCCCACAUGACCCACGGGACCUUUGGUGGACCCCAGGCUGUCUCGUCCUGGGCCCAGGAUCAGGAGCGAGAGGAGGUGGACACUCCGAGGAGGAUGCAGGCCCCGCGCUCCGUGGACAAGAAAGCACAGGGCCCAAAGUUCCACUAUUAUGGAGUCCCUGCCUCGGGGACCAGAGAUAAGGAUGGCUUCCCACGGCUGUCAAGGACCACAGGACCUGCACGGUGCCGCCCCACUGCUGAAGGCGUCCAGAGCUCUACCAGGAAAGCAGGCCCAACCGUGGCAGGCCCCCAUCACUGGCAGGCCAAGGGUGGCCCUGGGCCACGCACGCUGCCAGAUCCUGGGAGCCCCCUGGCUGAUGGCAGGGCCACCGAGGAGCAUCCAAGUCCUUUUGGAAUCCCAUACUCCAAACUGUCCCAGUCGAAACACCUGAAGGCCAGGACGGGCGGCGGCCAGUGGGCCUCAUCCGAUUCCAAACGGAGGGCCCAGGCCCCCCGGGACCGCAAGGACCCCUAGCAUGCUGUCCCCGGGCCUGGAGCCAGGCCGUCCAUGGCCUUGGCCCCAGCCCAGACUCACCGUGCAGGUGUUCGAGGGGCCACGCCGAGGAUUGGCAGAGGGGCCACCCCGACCCUCCAGAGCCAACCCCGG